AUGCCAUCAUGGCUGGCAUCUCGAAUGGUAACAAUCCUGAUUGAAAAGAGCUACACCGGCUGGCAGGCAUCGCUAGCCGUGCACAGAAUCCACGUAAUCCAUGAGCUCCAAACCCGCAAGACCAUGGAGAUGCUUCUGUCAGAUGACAAAUACGCCAUGCAUCAAGCAUUUGAGCGCAGGCAGAUUGGUCCACGGGAUCGGUUCUUAAACACAAAUGGGGAUGAGUGCACACUCAGCCAACUUGCAUUGUUGUUUGGCGCAUGGAGAAUUUCUAAUCAUCUUCUGAGUCUAUUACAUGAUACUUUGGAAAGACCGCCUUUUGGUAUCAACUGGCAGCGACGCGUCCUGGACGAGGAACGGCUACACGAGCUACAGACUCUCGUGAAGAGGGACAAUUUUGGAGUUCAUGUCCGUUUCCAAUUGCUUGGCAACUUUGAUGGCAAUUUGCUCGCGUUCGAUUCGAUUAGACGACAAAUUUGGUCAGAUGAUCACUUCUACAGUGAUUCCUUUCGUAAUCACCGCAUUCAAUUUGCUUGGUUUCUCGCUAUAUCAGCCAAUGCCAUGGCACCUACUUUCUUUCGUCAUGCACUAUCGCCUCAUGGCAUCCUACGAGCACGAGACAUGUACACUGGGCGACUGCAUCUAGGCUACUGGGACGACACUUUACUUCAUGCUCUCGCAUUAGGUGUGGGCAGCGCCGCCUUGCAUGGCCAAGAAACCUCGAAAAAGUGGGCUUUGGUUGCUUCCGAGGUGCUUCCACUUGUUGACAAUUACCAUGAACUUGCCCCCGUCGCUGCAGGGGACAAGUUUAGAACCCCUCUGUUUGCGUCAUUGUUCAUUUCACUCAUCCCGUGGCCGACACCCAAGGCUCAAAACCGCAGCCGCAAUGUGUCUCUCUCGAAGCGCCUUCAACAUAUGGAGACUGGGAUAAAGGCAUGGCUCCAGGUGCUCAAGGACGCGGGCGUCAAUUUGCAAGAGUACGGGGAGCGAGAAAGAGAGCUUUUCAACUUGGAAAGCUACGAAAGAGGAUUUCAAAUGUACAGUGGUGAAGAAGUCAGUUGGUGUGAUUACCUGCGUCGUGAUCUUGUCCUAAUCGGCUUCCAACAUGGCCAAGAGGUCAAUGACUGGAAACUAUGGUGGUCGGAGCACACAGAUGUGUACGCUGGGGAUUUCUGGAACUUGAUCGAGUCUUCCGUAGGAUCUUCUGAUCAACGAGUUCCGGGGGCGUGGGUCGAGGAUCAAGAAUCGGAAAUUAUCCAGAUGUCUGGCACCGUUGGUGAGUCUUGUUCUGAUAAGACGACCACUGAUGCUUGUGCAAUGCAAUACUGA